AUGCCGACGUACUCCUUUCCGUAUCGGACGCUAUGGGAUACGCGAGGCAUCUUGUCGGGCUUGCGAAGCUUAAACACACCUUUUUCUUCAACCGCACCGUCGCUCGACUAUUGCGUGGCCAAGGUGCCGCGAUGGGACUUGUCCAAAUUUGAGAACGUGUUGACUGAUGUCCUGCAGCCGCGCGAGCCGGAGCUCCUUGACCGGCGUCAGGUUAUGGCCGCGUCUCGUGUGUAUUGCCGGAAUGCAACUGACGGCGGCGGCGUGCGACUUAUGACGAUUUCGACUGGCUUUGAUGGGUCGUCGACGUUGUGGCUCGUGCUAGUUUAA